AUGAUUGAUUCGCCGCACAAACACUUGUUAUCGGAAUCUAAUUCUAGGAAAUCUAUUCUGAAAGCCAUUCCCAACGAUAUACCCAAAGUCAAUACAUUGAGUCCGUCAAAAAGCACAUACAUAUCGGCCGACCAGAUAUACCCGGAUCACUGCGACGACAUCGACAGCCCGGUCGACGAUAGGCUGAACGAGUCAUUCGAGGAGCGUAUGGAUCAGCGCUUCUCUCACUCGUAUUCAGCGGGCGAUGACAUGAAGAAAGGGAUUCUGAGGAAUAGGGGAAUGAAGGGUGCGAUCAGUGAACUUGAUUUGAAUCAAACGAAACUGAGUUCGUCGCCCACGAAGACGUCGAAGAGUUUUCUGCAACGGUUUAAGUCUGCGUUCAACCGGGCCUUCGCCACCGGCGAUAAGAGUCUCAGCAAAAGUGUAUUGUCUGUCAAUACGGUUCACAAUAGUAGGAGUUUAUCGCAAACCGAUCUCAGAAUUAAUUGCAACCCUAAGGCCAGUCGACUUAAUAUCGCACAGUUAAGCGGUGGUGGUGGCGCUCGUAUAGACAGGUCGCCCUCAUUCGUCAAGAAUAUUAGGACCCGAAUCAGUCUCCGGCGCUCUCAUAAAGUGAAUUCACCCGAAAAGCGCGAAAAGAUGAGCCGCUCCUAUAGUCAUAAAAGUCUGUCGUUAGACAAUAGCAUGAAAAGCAAAUCACUGAAACAGUUGAAUGUGGACCUGGAUUGCGGGGACAGGAUUUGGGGCGAACUCAUCAAAUUGAAUGCCGACUCAUCGCAAGUGAUUCAGAUCCGGCGCCAAAAGGGCCAGGCGUUCGGCUUUUUCGUGGCCCGCGGGACAGUCAACAACAUUAAGGGAGUUUUCGUGUCGCGUAUGAAAGACGAAGAGACGCAGAAGUGUUUGACAGGAGUGCUAGAGAUCGGCGAUGAGAUACUGGCCAUCGAUGGCGAGUCAGUUAAAGAGGCGAAUAUCAUGCGAGUGAACCAACUCAUCGCCAAUAAGGAUACCAUUCGGCUGACGAUUAUUCCGUAUAUGAAUAAUAAAUACCUUUAAAGGAAUUGCUAUUAUUUCAC